CAACCUUGCCGACCGCCAAACACACCGAGUUGCGUAAUCGAUUAUGCAUUUAGAGGAUCGUAAUCCGAGCCUUUAACUCUCCAAAAACUAAACAAGCCAUUCUAGAGAAGCGUCCUUACCUGCUCAUCUACGCUACUUCCUGUGAAGUUGGUGUCCUCCUCCAGAAACGUCAUCGAGCUCGCGAGGGAGAAGUGCGCGAGUGUUUCUGUCUGACCGGAGAUGGCCACAUAACCGAGUACCGUGUUAACUGGAUUGCUGCGUCGCUCAGUGCAUGAGUGUUUAAAAGAGACGGAUUCCGGUCUACUUUUCAAAAGUUAGGUCUUGAGAUAUUUUCACCAUUUUUAAACAUGGUUUUGAAAAGGAUAUUCCGAGGCGUGAUCAUGGGACCACCGGGCUCGGGAAAAGGAACGGUGUCUGGUCGAAUCACACAAACUUUUGGACUGAAGCAUCUUUCCAGUGGUGAUAUCCUCCGAGCCAACAUCAAUGCAAAGACGGAGCUGGGUCUUCUGAUGAAGUCUUGCAUAGACCAGGGUCAGCUGGUCCCUGAUGACAUCAUCUCUCGCCUUGUCCUGGCCAAGCUCAGAGACAUGGAUCACAGCAGCUGGCUCUUAGAUGGGUUCCCCCGGACCGUGGCGCAAGCCGAGAACUUGGACAGCAUGUGCACCUUGGACACAGUCAUCAAUCUGGACGUGCCUUUCGAGACCAUUAAGGAGCGCCUGACGUCACGCUGGGUGCACCUCCCCAGCGGUCGAGUGUACAACACGGACUUCAACCCACCCAAGAUCCCAGGUCUUGAUGAUGUCACAGGGGAACCUUUGAGCCAGAGGGACGAUGACACACCCGUGACGGUGACCCGGAGAUUGAAGGCCUACGAGAACCAGACUCAGCCGGUUUUGGAGUAUUACAGGAGCAAAGGAGUGUUGACGACGUUUACGGGGACUGAAACCAACAAAAUCUGGCCUCAUGUUCAUGCCUUCCUCGGCAAGAAAAUUCCACAUCCCCAGCAGGUCUCAAAAGCACACGAGAGCCCGGAGUGAGUGCCAGCAUGCGUACUAGCCCUGCGGUAUUCUUCAGGACCGCCGCACUGUGCCUCAGGUCUGCUCCAGCGAGAUCUGCAACCGCAAUCUACUCUCGCCACGCACCACAGUGACUCAGCAGUUUCCACGCCUACACCGCAGCUAGAACGCAAAUGUAGGAUGAGUGCUGCAUUUAAAGGUGUAAUUCGAUCAUGUUCUGCAAUAAUCUUUUGAUGUUCAGACUUCAAAAAUAUAUUACUGGAUUUCACUA